AUGGAGGGUCUGAAACUCUUUAUCGAAAGACAGAUCGAGAUGCUGAAUGUCUUCAUUGGUUUCGAACAGUCGAAUAAAUAUACGAUAAGCGGUGAAAAUGGAGAACCUCUUGGGUAUAUUGCAGAAGAACCAAGGGGCUUCCUAGGCACGCUCUCCCGGCAAGCCUUUGCCACUCAUCGACCGUUUAGAGCAGUCAUAAUGGAUAACGAAGGGCUACCUGUUCUGUGGGUACGACGUCCAUUUGCGUGGAUUAACUCGCGAAUGCUGGUUCAGCGCCUAAAAGCCCACGCGAAUUACGACCCUGAAACCGAACCUAUUCUCGGCACCUUCGGCGAAGUUCAACAGAUCUGGCACCCUUGGCGACGACGUUAUGAUUUAUUCUUGCGGUCCAUGGUGCAAUUCCCUCCUGUCGUAUCACAAGUGCUCAUUUCUGUGUCAGCGACGCCUUCACGUCGAAAUCAGGCCUUGGUUCUACUGCGCACAGUAGCCCUAAUUUAUCGGAAGAACCUGUCUAUUAUCAAGUUGCCAAGGUUGAUUCAGGAUUUCUAG